AUGUCCUCCAAUCCAGACCCUCAGGCUCCUUCUCAUUCUCACGACCACACCCAUGAACACUCCCACUCCCACGGCCCCCCAAACGACGACUGGAAGAACUCCGGCGUCCGCGUGAUCCCCUCUGACUCUCUCGACACCAACACCGCUCAAACUCCAGGCAUGGACCGCGCAGCAGCCAUCAACUUCGCCCGCGUGGGUGCCCAGAAACUCUGGGCCGGAACUGUCAAUAUCCACGCGAAUGCCAAGACUGGUGCGCAUCAUCAUGGUCACUUGGAGAGUGUGAUUUAUGUCCUGAAGGGGAAGGCCAGGAUGCGAUGGGGAGAGAAGUUGGAGUUUACGGCUGAGGCCGGACCGGGCGAUUUCAUCUAUGUCCCGCCAUACGUUCCGCACCAGGAGAUUAAUGCCUCCGGGGAUGAGAAGUUGGAGUGUGUGUUGAUGCGGAGCGACAGUGAGGCUGUUGCAGUGAAUCUUCCAGAUUUGGAGCCAGUCGAGAUUGUGGAUGCCGAGACUGUCCGUUGGAUCGAUCCAACUCACGCGAAUCUUCCAUAG